AUUAGUGUAGUCUAAGGUUAGCUGCGUUGAAGUUUGCGUUUGACGUGUUGAUGAUAAAAAUGUAUAAAUAUGGAUUUUUCAAUUUUAUAUUAAUAUUUAAGAGUUAAAUUUACCGAAAAAAGUACAAAAUGAGCAGCCGCUACAAAUCUACAAAUCCUUGGAAUAAGAACGUUCAGCAGAAAAAAGCGAAACCGAAUGCUUAUAACCUAGAAAACUCUUCACCAACCCCUUCUGAAAUUAAAUUCAAAGAGGCUCAUUCGAAAUUACAGGCAACAGUUAAAAAACAUGUAAAAGAUUACGAAUCUUCUUCUGAGGAAGAAGAAUUAGAAUCAAGUGAUUUAAUUGAGGAUAUUUUGAAAAAUUAUAAGAAUACCGGAGCAGAAAAUGAGAACCUAGUCCGCACUCAAACUUUUAUUGAAGAAGCUUUUCUCUCGGGCGCAGCCACUUGCCUUAUCUGCAUUUCAAGAGUUAAAAGAGACGAUGCGAUAUGGAGUUGCACAAGUUGUUAUGGAUUCUUCCAUAUAAUGUGUAUCCAAAGAUGGUCCAAAGACACGAUAACUCAACAGAAACAAGCCUUAGAAAUCCCUCUCUUGGACCAGCAGGCUAAACUUUGUUGGUGCUGCCCAAAAUGCCGAUACGAAUACAAGUCGGAAGACAUUCCAACUAAAUAUUUGUGUUUUUGUAAGAAAACCGAAAACCCUAAAUUUCAACCGUUCCUGGUCCCUCAUUCGUGUGGGGAAAUAUGCAAAAAGGAUCUGAUUCCUACUUGUGGACAUCAGUGCUUGCUUCUCUGCCAUCCAGGCCCGUGCCCACCAUGUCCCGUUACCGUAAAUGUUUCGUGUUACUGUGGUUCGCAACCGCCUAGAACUCAAAGAUGUAGUAAGAAGGAAUGGUCCUGCGGUAGUGCAUGUGGGAAAACUUUGGGGUGCGGGAAGCACUCUUGUACCGAGCCCUGUCAUCCCGGUGAAUGUAAACCGUGCCCGAAGAAGAGCAUACAGAGAUGUUUGUGCAAGUCCCAGCAGAAAUUGAGGGACUGCGCCACUCCAACGUGGCAAUGUGACAAGGUAUGUAAUAAACCAUUACAGUGCGGGAAUCACAAAUGUCAAGAAGUGUGCCACGCUGGAAAAUGUGACAGCUGCGUUUUAAACAAACCAAGGUCUUGCCCGUGCGGUAAGACAACGUACCAGAUGCCUUGCACAGAGGACACCCCGACUUGUCCUGAUACGUGCGAUAAACUCCUCGAGUGUGGCAUACAUAAAUGUAGUCAGAGAUGCCACAAGGACAAAUGCGGAGUGUGUCUGGAGACCGUAAUAAAAUAUUGUAGAUGCGCCCUACACUCCAAAGAGGUGCAGUGCUACAAGCCGUUUUUCUGCGAGACGAAGUGUAAGAACAUGAAGGACUGCAACAAGCACCCCUGCAACAGAAAGUGCUGCGACGGUAACUGUCCGCCGUGCGAGAAACCGUGCGGUCGCACCCUGAACUGCGGCAAUCACAAAUGCAAUUCGGUUUGCCACAGGGGGCCUUGUUAUCCGUGCGCCCAGACCGAAGAAGUAUUCUGCAGGUGUGGGGCCACCAAAAUUACAGUGCCUUGCGGACGGAAAAAUAAGACGAAGCCUCCGAAGUGCAACAAGAUUUGUUCCAUCCCGCCGGACUGCCACCACGAAAAGAGAGAAAACCACAAAUGCCACUUCGGGGACUGUCCCCCGUGCCGCCAGGUGUGCGACAAGCAGAGAUCGACCUGUCCGCAUAAGUGCAGCGCUUCGUGUCACUCUGCCGUUCUCGUGAAAAUCGAAGCACAGCGAGCCUCCAUGCCUUGGGAACAAACCAAACCGCAGGUGGAGAAGAGGGCUCUACCCUGCCCGGACUGCGUGGUUCCGGUGCCCGUAACGUGUUUAGGUGAACAUGAAACUGCCAAUUGGCCGUGUCACUUAGCUAAACCAUCGAGUUGUCACCGUCCGUGUGGGAGAAUGCUUGGAUGUGAGAAUCAUACCUGUUCGUUGCCGUGUCACACCGUCGAAUCGGCGCCGGACAAAAUAAAGGCCGGCACCAACUGCGAACAGUGCGAAAACGACUGCACCAAAGAGAGGCCCGAGGGUUGCCAACAUUCCUGCCCCAAGCCCUGCCAUCCGGGGCCGUGCCCGCCGUGUAAAAAUAUGCUGCGCGUCAAAUGCCACUGCGGGCUCAAUCAGCCUUACAUCCGGUGUAGCGACUGGAUCGAUCCUAAGAAGAGGGAGGAACUGCAGAGCUGCGGCAACCAGUGCCCCAAAAAUUUUGACUGCGGCCACCGAUGUAAAGCCAUCUGCCACGCAGGGCCUUGCCCGAACCCGGAACAAUGCAAGAAGAAAGUCAAAGUCACUUGUAAAUGCAGGAGGAUCAAGAAGGAGUUUUCUUGCGAGAGCGUGCGUAAGAAUACCGCGGUCGUGGAGUGCGACGAAGCGUGCAAGCAGAAACAAGAAGAGGAGAAGAAAGCGAGGGACUCUCUGAACGAGCAGAAGAAACUGGAAGAGGAGCUGAGAAACAAGAAGGAACUGGAGAAGUACCAGAAGAUGUUCGAGGGGAAAAAGAAGGGUAGGGCUAGGAAAGUGUACGAGGAAGAGGACGAGGCCGGUUUUAUUACGAAGUACCGGUUUGUUUUGUUGCCUGUUUUCGUUUCGCUUAUCGCUUUGCUAGCGUAUUUUAUCUUUAAUUAAGGUAGGGAGAGCAUGGUAGUUUAGGAGCAGUGUAUUUAUUACGACAGGGAAAAAUCACGUUUUAGGAUGUAAGAAAUAGGAAAUAAAUCCGUUUU